GUGAUUGUAGUCUUGUCUGUGUCGUCGAGAUAUGCAGUAUUGUCGGAAAGGGAUCUCAUCCAUCGCCUCUUCCCCCAUGUCCACGAGGGUCAAGCAUGCUUGGGAGGAGCAGGACAAAUUAGUUCUUGGUUUAGCGUUCAUUGGUGGAUGGUUCGUCAAAGCUAACAUAAAUGUUCUCAAGCGAAGAGAGGAUUGGUACAGAGUUCACAGAUUUAUUGAUGAUGAGAAGAAGCGUCUUGAAGGGAAACGUGCCCGUAUUGAAAAGGCUCUCCAAUUCGACGAGGACAAAAGAAGAUGUUGCCGUUCCUGGGAAACACCUUGGCUAAGUCUUGCCGCAAGGGGAGGCUGCAGUGUCGUGAUUUUUCAUCCGGGAGUGAGAAAGCUGUCUCGAAAGUUUAUCGAUACUGCUUCACAGCGGUCUUUGGUGGUGCUGGAUUCCUGCUCGGUGGUGUGACAACAAGCCCCGUCUCUAAGGGGCUUCGGGAAUAUGAAGAUCGCUUCGUUAAAGGUCUCCAACGUUUGGAAAUAAUGGAGGCCAGGAGGGGCAAGUGGACUUCCUCUCUUAAAGAGGAAACCAAGUGACGGUAAUUGGUUGCGUCUGUUUGCAGCCGUUGAUGAACACAUUAUCUGCCAAUCACUGUAAUAACUACUUCAUGGUUGUGUCUUAUAAUAUUUUAUGUUUCUGUUAUA